AUGGGUUUCCAACUGCGCAAGGUGAGGGUCCAGAAGUGGUUGCAGCUAUCUCGAGAGCGCCCAACAUGGGCCGAUGAGUUCAAUCCUUUGGUUGACUGGUGGGACUCCCACCGCGAGGGUUUGCUCACUGUCAAACAUGCCCACUACUUCGACAUUUACCACCGGCAUUUGCAGCACUUCCGUGGCAAGAAGAUGCAUCUACUUGAGAUUGGUGUGGCAAGCGGCGGUUCUUUGCAAAUGUGGAAGGCUUAUUUCGGGCCACGUCUCCGUGUGACUGGUGUGGAUUGCUGCCCUUUCUCUGGCAUGAGAGGCGAACUUGAAGAUCACAGAACAUCCAUAUGGAUUGGAAAUCAAGAAGAUCCACAGUUUUGGGAUGAGUUGGUUCAAUCCGUGCCACCAAUCGAUGUCGUUAUUGAUGAUGGAAGCCAUGUGGGACGAAUGCAGCUGGAGGCAUUUCAAUCGCUCUGGCCGUAUUUGGCACCUGGAGGGGCUUACAUUGUGGAGGACAUGAUGUUUGCCUACAUGGACAUGGCAAGCAUGGCAAGCAAGGAUUCUGACUUUUUCAAAGGUCAUACACAUUGGGUGGAAAAGCUGAAGCACUUGAUGGACGAGAUGCAGACAGGUUUUACUGCUGACAGCAGGCUCAAGGACUCUGUGGCAUCUAUCCGCGGCAUCCAUACAUACAGACACCUCUGCGUUAUUGAAAAAUAUGAUCGGGGCCAAGGACUUCGUGGUUUGGUGCAUGACUGGGACGUUUUGGAGGUGGGUGCUGGUGUGCAAGCACCUGCCUUGGCCGAGCACCAUGCUCCGCCGCCUAUCAUGUCUCAUCCUGAUUGACGCACACGCCACAGACUUUGCCAUGGGAGAUUUGGUGGAUCGUGGUACAGGUAGCUGAGCGCGGCUUUGUGGAAGGAUUACCUUCAGGAGAUCAGAGCGAGUCGAAUGGCACCUCUACAUUUUAACUUCAAGCAGAUAAGAAGAGAUGUGCCCGUGCUACGCGAAUCUUCGAGUUGAGAAGAUGCAGACGCAAAGGAACCUAGCAGUUCAGACUUCUGGCUAGCCCAGGACUGCUAGCAGUUUGGCCUGCAGGGCCCAUUCUUUCUAAAUCUUGUAAGCGGUUUAUGGCCAGUCAAAGAACAACCUAAAAAUGGUUGAAUUCACUGGCAGAAGAAGUUUGGA